AUGUUCUCUCCAGUACUCUUCAGAUUCUCAAAACCCAAUUCUUGUCUGAUCUUGCUUAUCUUCUUGUUCUAUUUUCACCAUCUUCCUUGUGCUCUAAGUCAACGAGAACUUAGGUUAUGUGAUUCUCUGUUUCACUGUGGGAAUUUCACCGCCGGUUUCCCGUUCUGGGGAGACAGUAGACCAGAACCUUGUGGUCAUCCUUCUUUGGUGCUUCACUGUAAUAAACCCACAAACAAGACUUAUCUGAUAAUCUCAGGUCAGAUGUACAAUGUCCUCCAAAUAGACAACGCAUCUAACACUCUUAGACUUGCGAGGCAAGACUUUCUAGGUGAAUCAUUUUGCUCUGCUACGUUCACCGGCACAACGUUGACUCCUGAACUCUUUGAGCUUUCUUCAGAUUACAAGACCCUCUUUGUUUACUAUCUCUGCGAUGAUGCUCGUCUGCACAAGCCUUCGAGUUUCACGUGUCCGAAGAUCGGUGUUGCCUCGGUGCAUAAGAACGAUGAAAAUCAUGAGAACUGUGGUGCGAGUUUCAACAUCACUGUUCCCACGAGUUACGUUCCAGAGGAGGAAGCUUUGAAUUUGACCCGUUUAAGAGGUGUUCUAAGAAAUGGAUUCAAGGUGAAGGUAAAGAUAGAUGAGAGACUGUGUCAAGAAUGUCAAUCUAGCGGUGGAAUCUGCGAGUUCGAUGUUGCUACUCCGGUGUGCUGCAAGGCAAACUCUUCAUCAGGAUUAGUAAUCAACUGCAAUCCAAUGAUUCCAUCUCGAUCUAAUGAACUCUCAAAAGAAGCGAAAAUAGGCAUCGGAUUCACUUGUGGGUUCUUAGGUGCCACUCUUUUAGCAGGAAGUUUGGUUUGCUUCUUCAUCCGGAGAAGAAAGAAACUGGCAGCUCAAUACACAAGCAAAGGCCUUUCAACAGCAACGCCUUACUCAAGCACUAAUACAAUGUCAACCGCUCCAACUUCCACAACAAUCUCCCGCAGCAAUCACUCUCUUGUACCCUCGAUUUCUAACAUUGGAAACGGCAGCGUCUACUUUGGAGUUCAAGUCUUCAGCUAUGAAGAACUCGAGGAAGCCACUGAGAAUUUCUCUAGAGAGCUUGGAGAUGGAGGCUUCGGUACUGUUUACUACGGUUUACUAAAGGACGGACGAGCUGUGGCUGUAAAACGACUCUUCGAGAGGUCCCUGAAACACGUAGAACAAUUCAAGAACGAAAUCGGCAUCUUGAAAUCCUUAAAACACCCGAAUCUAGUGAUCCUAUACGGAUGCACAACAGGACAUAGCAGAGAGUUACUCCUAGUUUACGAAUACAUUUCUAAUGGCACACUAGCUGAACAUCUCCAUGGAGACCAAGCAAAAUCUCUUCCAAUCUGCUGGCCUACACGACUCAACAUCGCAAUUCAAACCGCAAGCGCCUUAUCGUUUCUCCAUGCCUCAGGGAUCAUACACAGAGACGUCAAGACUACUAACAUUCUUCUAGACAGUAAUUACCAAGUGAAAGUGGCUGAUUUCGGACUCUCACGGUUUUUUCCGACGGAUCAAACUCACAUCUCCACGGCACCACAGGGCACACCAGGAUAUGUAGAUCCUGAGUAUUACCAAUGUUACCGUCUCAACGAGAAAAGCGACGUAUACAGCUUCGGAGUAGUCCUCUCGGAACUAAUCUCAUCAAAAGAAGCAGUCGACAUUACCAGACAUCGGCAAGAAAUCAAUCUCGCGAACAUGGCGAUUUCCAAAAUCCAAAACGACGCCGUUCAUGAGCUCGCAGAUCUAUCUCUCGGAUUCGUGAGGGAUCCUUCAGUGAGGAGGAUGAUGAUGUCGGUUGCUGAGUUAGCUUUCCGGUGUUUGCAACAGGAGAGGGAAGUACGGCCAUCGAUGGAUGAGAUCGUUGAGGUUUUGAGAGGGAUUCAGAAGGAAGGGAAUAGAGAUUUGUCGGAGGUGGUGGAGAUUGAUGUGAGCGGUGGAGAUGAAGCUGUAUUGCUGAAACACGGUGUUCCUCCGCCGUUAUCGCCGGGGACUGAUCAAGGGACGACGAGUAGUUCGAAUAAUACGACGGCGAGCUCGUUUUGA